UGAAUGUGUCUCGCUGCAGCUCGGGCUGUAAGAUGGCUGGCGGCAGCAGGCGGGUGUGCGGGGAUGCCGGGGGCUGCCUGCAGCGCUGCGUGGUGCGAAACGUGCGCUGAGCCCAUGAAGCUGACACUGGGAUUCAUUUGGGAGCCGGCGAGCAGCGUAGCGGUGGUAGCGGUGGCGGCGUCCCCGGUGCUGUCGGUGCCGAGGAGAUGGGGAAUUCUCUGGGCUGCAUUAAAGAGCCGAAAGAAAAAGCUGCCGGGAUGGCUCCGCUGCCCCCCAAAAAAAGGGCUCGCUUCAAACGGAGGAGGAGGGGGAAGAAGAGAGCGGUGCCAGCAGUGGCCCCGCAGGAGGAGCUGCCGGCUGCGGCAGUGCCCAGGGUGGAUGAGGAUCCAAAGUUGGAGGCGGCACCGCAACACGAGGAGCCUGACGGGAGCCGGACAGGGGGGGACCCCGACCCUGGGCGCAUUGUGCAGGUGAAGGAGAGGUUCCAGGGGGAGCUGCAGAAAGCACAGCUGGUGCCGGAGCCGAGGGGGGCACAGACAGCGGGGGAUUCCCCUGAGGAGGGCACCACUGUCAUCGCCCGCCUGAUGGACAACCCAGCCGAGCAGGGCUGUGAGCGGGCCGUGAGCUGCCUGGUCCGGCUGCAGCGCAGCGGUACGGGCAGCACCAGGGCUGUACUGCUGCCACUGCCACAAAGCCACGAUGGGCUCUGGAAGCACCAAAGCGAGGGGUCCCCAGCCAGCCCUGUGUGCGGAGAACAGCCGGUGCGGAGCUGGGAGCCGGCGGACAGCAGCACGAUGGGGAUGUGGGGGAGAGGGGGCAGCGGGGAGCCCAGCUCCAGUGCUGCAUGGACCUCCACUGCGGAGCCGGGCACCGUUUCAGAACUGUCUACACCGUCCCCCAUGGUGGAGCAGAUGGAAAAUCCUGGUGCCGGGAAGUCCCUGGUGCUGCCGUCACCUGGUGCCGGGCAGGGCCAUGCACAUGGGCUGCCCAUGUCCCACAGCGGGUCCUCGGGUGGCACCGCCUGCUGCUCCUCGGGGUACAGCAGUGAGUGGGCCGGGAGCACCGGAGCUGCUGGGACUGCAGCUUCUCCUGCUGAAGGUGCACGCAGCGCACAGCGCCGGGCUCUGCUGGGCAGCUCGAGGCCGGACAGAGGAACGAUCUCUGACAUCUACAUCAGCGGGGAGUCAGGGGACAUGUCAGCCAAGGAGAAGCUGCUGCUGUGGACGCAGAAAGUGACAGCAGGUUACAUUGGGGUGAAGUGCACCAACUUCUCUUCGUGUUGGAGCGAUGGGAAGAUGUUCAAUGCACUCAUCCACAGAUACAGGCCGGAUCUGGUGGACAUGGAGCGGGUGCAGAUCCAGAGUAACCGGGAGAACCUGGAGCAGGCCUUUGAGAUCGCAGAGCGGCUGGGGGUGACGCGGCUGCUGGAUGCAGAAGACGUGGAUGUUCCAUCUCCGGAUGAGAAGUCGGUGAUAACUUAUGUGUCUUCAAUCUACGAUGCCUUUCCCAAAGUCCCUGAGGGAGGAGAAGGGAUCAGUGCGAUCGAGGUGGACUCGAGGUGGCUGGAGUACCAGACCCGCUUGGAGUCCCUCAUCUCCUGGAUCAAGCAGCACACGAUACUCAUGUCGGAUAAAUCCUUCCCCCAGAACCCUGUAGAGCUGAAGGCACUUUAUAACCAAUACAUACACUUCAAAGAAACUGAAAUCCCGGCGAGAGAGCAGGAGAAGGGAAGGAUAGAGGAGCUGUACAAGCUGUUGGAGGUGUGGAUUGAGUUUGGACGCAUCAAGUUGCCGCAGGGGUAUCACCCCAACGACGUGGAGGAGGAGUGGGGCAAGUUGAUCAUCGAGAUGUUGGAGCGUGAGAAGCUCCUGCGGCCAGCAGUGGAGAGGCUGGAACUGCUGCUACAAAUUGCCAACAAAAUCCAGAAUGGCGCUUUGAGCUGUGAAGAGAAACUGACACUUGCAAAGAACACGCUGCAGGCUGAUGCUGCCCACCUGGAGGCCGGCCAGUCGGUGCAGUACGAGGCCGAUGUAGUGGUGUACCUGCAGGAGUGUGAGGGGCUGAUCCGCCAGCUGCAGGUGGACGUGCAGAUCCUGCGGGAUGAGAAUUAUUACCAGCUGGAGGAGCUGGCGUUCAGGAUCAUGCGCCUGCAGGACGAGCUGGUGACGCUGAGGCUCGAGUGCACCAACCUGUACAGAAAGGGCCACUUCUCCACGCUGGAGCUGGUGCCCGCACCCACCCUGAGCACCACUCAGCUGAAGGGCGAGUCCCUGACCAAAGGGCUGCACACCUCAUCUGCCUCCUGGUUCAGGAAGCCCAUGACCAGGACAGAGCUGGUGGCCAUCUCCUCCUCUGAGGAUGAAGGCAGCCUGCGCUUCGUGUAUGAGCUGCUGGCCUGGGUGGAGGAGAUGCAGAUGAGGUUGGAGCGGGCGGAGUGGGGCAGCGACCUGCCCAGCGUGGAAACCCAGCUGGAGACACAGCGGCACAUCCACAGCAGCGUGGAGGAGCUGGGCUCCAGCGUCAAGGAGGCACGGCUGUAUGAGGGUAAGAUGUCUCAGAAUUUCCGUGCUAGCUACACAGAGACGCUGGGCAAGCUGGAGACACAGUACUGCAAACUGCUGGAAACCUCGAGCUUCCGACUGAGACACCUGCAGAGCCUGCACGGCUUUGUGUCUCGGGCCACUGCUGAGCUGAUAUGGCUGAAUGAGAAGGAGGAGGAGGAACUGGCCUAUGACUGGAGUGACAACAACCCGAACAUCGCAGCUAAGAGAAACUACUUCUCGGAGCUGACGAUGGAGCUGGAGGAGAAGCAGGACAUCUUCCGCUCCCUGCAAGACACCGCUGAGCUGCUGGCCCUGGAGAACCACCCUGCCAAGCAAACUGUGGAGGCCUACAGUGCUGCUGUGCAGAGCCAGUGGCAGUGGAUCAAGCAGCUCUGCCUGUGCGUGGAGCAGCACGUGAAGGAGAACGCUGCCUAUUUCCAGUUCUUCAGCGAUGCCCGUGAGUCGGAGACGUACCUGCGCAACCUGCAGGACUCCAUCAGAAGGAAAUAUUCCUGCGACCACAGCACGAGCCUGACGCGGCUGGAAGACCUGCUGCAGGACUCCAUGGCACAGGAUGAGAAGGAGCAGCUCAUCCAGUCAAAGAGCUCCGUCGCCAGCCUGGUGGGACGGUCCAAGAGCAUCGUUCAGCUCAAGCCCAGGAACCCAGAGCACCUGGUGAAGAGCACCAUCCCCAUCAAGGCUGUGUGUGACUAUCGGCAGAUCGAGAUCACCAUCUGCCGGAAUGACGAGUGUGUGCUGGAGGACAACUCACAGAGAACCAAGUGGAAGGUGAUCAGCCCCACAGGGAACGAGGCCAUGGUGCCCUCUGUGUGCUUCCUGAUUCCCCCUCCCAACAAAGAGGCCAUUGAGAUGGCCAACAGGGUGGAACAGUUGUACCAGAAAGUGAUGGCUCUCUGGCACCAGCUCCAUAUGAACACAAAGAGCCUCAUCUCCUGGAACUACCUGCGGAAGGACAUAGCCUUGGUGCAGAGCUUCAGCAUGGAAAAGCUCCGAUCCCUGGCGCAGGGUGAGUGCCAGCAGGCGCUGAGGAGCCUCCAGGCGCACUACGAGGACUUCCUGCAGGACAGCCGCGACUCCGAGCUCUUCUCAGUGUCAGACCGUCUGCGCCUGGAGGAAGAAGUGGAGUCUUCCAAGGAACACAUCCAGCAGCUGCUGGAGUCCAUGGAGAACGAAGACAAGGACGAGACAGUUGCCAGGACGUAUCUCUCUGAGCUCCAGAACAUCCGUCUGCGCCUGGAGGAGUGUGAGCAGCGACUCGUGAGCCGCAUCCAGUCCCCCAGCAGCACCCGAGCGGAUGGUGACAGCAUCCAGGAGAACACCAUCCGCAUCGCCGAGCAGGAGCGCACACAGGAGGAUCUUCAGCAGCUGAAGUCCGACCUGCGCUGCGUUUCUGAGCGCUGCUACAGCUUCCUCAGCAGAGCGCCCGGCGGCCCCAGCACACCACGACUGCGCUCGGAGCUCGACUUGGUGGUGAACAAGAUGGAGCAGACGUAUGGGCUGUCCUCUGUCUACCUGGACAAGCUGAAGACGGUUGAUAUUAUCAUUCGUAACACCCAAGGAGCGGAGUCUCUGGUGAAGGGAUACGAGGUGAAGCUGAGCCAGGAGGAGGCUGUCCCGGCCGACCUGACAGCAAUUCAGGCACACAGGAGCGCCCUGCAGCAAUGGCUCGGGGAAGUGAAGGGCAAGAACUCGGUGUUCUCCGUGUUAGAGGAGGAGAUUGCGAAGGCGAAGGCAGUGGGAGAGCAGCUGUACCAGCUGAGACAGGAGCGCAGCAUCGACCUCGAGCGCUACCAGGAGAAGGGGAGCCAGCUGUGGGACCGCUGGCAGAGAGCCUGCGCCCAGAUCGAGACCCGCCACACAGAGCUGGAGAGCAUCCAGGAGGUGCUGAGCGAUUACCGUCAGUGCCACAGAGCCCUCAUCCAGUGGAUCGAGGACAUCACAGCCCAGCAGGAGCUGAUGAAACCUGGGCAGGCGGAGGACAGCCGGGUGCUGUCAGAGCAGCUGAGCCAGCAGACGGCUUUGGCUGCAGAAAUCGAGAAGAAUCAAGCCAAGCUGGACCAGUGUCAGAAGUUCUCCCUGCAGUACUCAGCUGCUGUCAAGGACUAUGAGUUGCAGCUCAUGACGUACCGCGCGUUUGUGGAGUCGCAGCAGAAGUCCCCCAUGAAGCGCCGGCGCAUGCUGUCCUCCUCGGAUGCCAUCACACAGGAGUUCAUGGAUUUGCGCACUCGAUACACGGCCCUGGUGACGCUGACCACGCAGCACGUCAAGUACAUCAGCGAUGCUCUGCGGCGGCUGGAGGAGGAGGAGAAAGUGGUGGAGGAGGAGAAGCAGGAGCACGUGGACAAGGUGAAGGAGCUCUUGGGCUGGGCUGUGGGCCUGAAGCAGAGCGUGCAAGGCAGAACAGCUGCUGCCCAGAGCAGGGAGCUGGGAGACAUUGAGAAGUCCAUCUCAGAGCAGCAGGCCCUCAAUGAGGAGCUGGCUGCAAAGAAGGAACAAGUCUCUGAGGCCAUCAAAACAUCACAAAUCUUCCUGGCAAAGCACAACCACAAGCUUUCCCAUCAGGAGAAGGAUCAGAUUUCUGCUCAGGUAGCUGCACUGAAGGACACAUACCAGGCACUCUGCACUGACACCACGGAGCAGCUCCAGCAGCUGCAGAGCCAGCUGGCUCAGGAGACGGAGCACAAGGCUAACGAAGCAGUGGCAGGAGUGAUCGAUCUUGGCACAGUAGAAAUAUUCCCUGUCUUUGGUGCCAUGCAGAGAGGUCUUAUAGAUCAGGAGACCGGCCUUGUCCUCUUAGAGGCUCAGGUGAUCACAUCUGACUUAGUUCUUCCAGAGACUGGUGAAAAAUUCUCCUUGGAGGAAGGUCUGGCAAGAAACAUCAUCAACCUCAGGACGUUCCAUGUGCUGCAGGAGCUGAAGGAUGCUCUCCAGCAGGUGCACGAAGUCAGACGUGAAGGGAGGCAGCUCCUCCCUGCUGCUGCUGCGAUAGAAGAGGGGAGGAUUAGUGAGAGCACUGGGCUGAAGAUUCUUGAGGUUGAACUUGUCACUGGUGGCUUUAAAACCUUCCAGGGCAGAAUCAGCAUGGAGAAGGCUAUGCAAGAGAGGCUCCUUCCUCCCCAGCUUUACGCCAGGCUGCUGUCCCACCUGGAGAGUAAUAGGGAUUUGAUUGACCCCAACACUGCUGAGAAAAUCAACCUAUCUGAGCUCAUGCAGCGAUGCAUCCUCCACCAAGACACUGGACUGAAGUUGCUCCCAGUCAAGCAGCUGGCAGGUGGGAUGGUGAGCCUGAAAUCAGGCAGAAAAGUCAGCAUCUUCCGUGCUGUCCAGGAAGGGCUGAUAGACAGACAGGUGAUGGUGAGGCUGCUGGAAGCCCAGCUCUUUGCUGGUGGCAUUGUUGACCCCAGGACAGGGCACAGGCUGGCUGUGGAUGAGGCUAUGAGACAUAAUUUAAUUGACCAGGAUUUGGCAUGCACACUUCUAAUCCGGCAGCUUCAGACAGGUGGUAUCAUUGAUACGGUCACAGGAGAGAGACUGACAAUUGAUGAAGCUGUAAGGAAAGAGCUGGUAGCACCACGGGUUGCUUUGGUGAUCCUGGAAUCCCUCCAGUCCUUCAUGGGGUUCCUGUGGCCAGAAACAGGGGAGGUUGUCCCAGCUGCAGAUGCUUUAGAGCAAGGGAUCCUGUCCACAGAACUGGCUUACAAGAUUCUCAGCAAGAGGCAGCUCAUUAAGGCUGUCUUUAUACCAGAAACCACUGAGGUGUUGUCCUGGAAGAAAGCAGUGGAACAUGGCAUCUUAGCAAGAGAUGUGGUGAAGAAGCUGAAAUCCAUGGUGAUACCUGAUGUGAUGGGCAGCCUGCAGCUGGCCCAUGCUCUGAGCAGGAGCUCCUCUGGAGGGAGCCCUGCAGGGCAGCAGGGGCAGAAGGACCCUGAGCUGAGGAGUGAUGAUGAAAGGCUGAUGUUCCACUUGAUGACCCACAGCUACAUCAACAUCCACGAUGGGCAGAAGCUGCUCUUAGUAGAUGGGGAGUUGAGCAACCUCACUAAAGACCUCAUCCAAACCCAGGAAAAUGGAUCUUGUGCACAACCACUGGAAGAGACCGAGAGCUUUGGAGAGAAGGAAGCUGCAGCUCUUGAAAGAGCGCCUUGCAAUGGCGUGGCUGUGCAGCAGCUUGAGUUGCAGCUUGCUCCUCCACAGGAAGGAAGCAAAAAGGUCCUGCCACCCAGAUCUGCUUUGGAGAAUGGGGAGGUGGUGAUGGGGCCUGGAAGGCUCUGGUUGGACAAUGCAGGAGAUGUCCUGCAUGUGGAAGAGCAAGGGCAGGUUUGUGCUGAACGUGCUACCACCCAAAGUGAAACCGAUACCGAAUCUGGGAGAGAGCAGAUGGCUUCUGCAAGCAAGGAGGAGCUUCAGGUACAAUUAUCUGUACCAGGACGGCCCUGUGACUCUGGCAGCGGAUCCAGAGAAACAGAGGAAACGAUCACUGAAGCAGAAGAGUCCAAACCCACUGCAACAGAUGGAGUGGAAGACAUCAAAGGUCAGAAGAGGGCACUGGAAACCGCAGCGGGUGUUGUGAAAAGCGAGAGCCAUUUGGUGGUGCGUAUUGGUGAGAGCAGAGAGAGACUGGAAGCUGUGUCAGGGAGAUCUGGGGGUGCGGAGGAACCUGAAUUAGAGAGAGAAGGUGUUGGGGAGAUUGAGUUAAUGAAUGAGGAGACGGCUCAGAAUGGCACGCUGGGAGGGGAGGAGGCUGCGCUCACUGGGACUGCAGAGUGGGAGCAAAUGGAGUGCACUGAAAAUACAGAGAGCGUAUUGCACGUGGAAGAGGGACUGAGGGAAGAAGUGCUGGGUGCUCAGAGCGCGGGUGGUGCAGCCCUGCCACAGCCCCCGGGACGGGGUGAGGAGGAUGUUCUGGAAACGCUGCAGAUGCAGCUGCAGAGCGGCGGCAUUUUGUGUGAGCAGAUGGGCAGAACUCUUCUUCUGAACGAAGCCGUGUCCUGCGGUGCGGUGCCCGGCCAUACAGCUGUCAGGCUGAUGGAGAAAAUGGAGAUGUUCAGUGGCUUCUUUGACUCUCACACGCGUGAAGCAUUGACCACCAAGGAUGUCAUCGAAGAAGGUCUGAUGGAUGAGAAGCUUCUCCAGAAGGUGCUCGUGUCUGACAAAGCCAUCAGUGGUGUUCUGGACCCGGGCAACAACUUUGUCUACUCCAUCAAGGAUGCUGCUGCCGUCGGCCUUCUGGACAAGGAGACAGCGAUGAGGCUCCUGGAGGGGCAGGUGGUUACCGGGGGUGUUGUCGACUUGAAACGUGGCAAAAAAGUGUCGGUCACUUUGGCUUCAAACCUCGGCCUCAUAGAGCCAACGAGUCAGAAGGAGCUGGUCAAGCUGGAGAAGGCUUCCAAAGGGAAAAGCACCAAUGAGGUCACCAGACAGAAGCUCCUGAGCUUACAGGCUGAAACCAGCGGGAUUGUGGAUCCCAAAACCAAGCAGCCUUUGACUGUUGCACAGUCUGUUGAAAGGGGGCUCCUUGAGAGAGAAAAAGCAUUUCAGCUGCUGACCAGGCAGAUCGCUGGCGGAGGGAUCCUUCACCAUGCAUCAGGGAUGAGGCUCUCGGUCAGCGAUGCAAUGAAACAUGACUUGAUCAGUGGAGAUUUAUAUGACGACCUCAUGAAGGCUGAGGCGGUGUGCCUGCAGGAAUGCACUCACCCAGAGACCAAGGAGAAGCUGCCCUUGCCCCAGGCGGUGGCAGCAGGGAUCGUUAGCCCCGAAUUCCAGAGGAAAGUGCAAGAAAUCCAGGCUGGAGCUGGAAGCGUCAUUGAUCCCACUACGGGGCAGAGAAUGGCACUCAGCCGGGCAGUGCAGGACGGGCUGCUGCCCCGGGAGGUGGUGGAGAAAGCCCUGUCCUCCCCAGAGCUGAAACACGGCAUUGUAGACCCCGAGAGCUGCUUGGUGGUGCCCUAUGCCGAGAUGGUAAAGAAGUGCAGGAUUGACGUUGAGUCUGGGCAGAGGUACCUGGAGGUGCAUCCGUUCAGAGCCAUGCGGGACGAGGCAUCAGGCCGGGCACUGACGUGUGCCGAGGCGCUGCGGAUGGGGAGGGCCGACCCCCUGCCCACACUGCGGCUGCUGCAGGGCCAGGCUGACAGCGGGGGCUUCGUGCAGGGGGCUGUCAGCAGCAGGCUGUCCCUGCAGGAUGCUCUGCAGCGGGGGAUGCUGGACGAGGGGAUGGCCACGGUCAUCGGCAGCAGGCAGCUGAGGGCGGGGGGAAUUGUGGACGCUGGCAGUGGGAAAAGGUUGGCGUUAGAGGAAGCUGUUGAAAAGGGGCUGAUUGGCCAGAGGUUAGCUGCUGCUCUUCAAGAGGCACAAAUGUCCGUGGAGAACGGUGGCUCUGAGGUUCUCACAGUAGAUAAACCCCAACUUUCCCAGGAAAAGAUGGAAAAAGCCUCUCCAAAAGAGGAAGGUGUGGUCCUGCCUAGCGGUGCUGCUGUGUCUGAUGAUACAGAGCACAAAGCCAGGUCCAAAGCUGUGAGUUCCCCAGCAAAAGGAGAGAGACCAAAGCUGAUCCCUCUGGAGGCUGCAGAGGAGGGUGCAAAAGAGCAGCGAGAAAUGGGCAAAAUGGUUCCAGGAUCCUCAGCACUGAGUGCAGCAUCUCUGUCUGUAGAUGUGGUGAUGAAGGCAACAGAGAUGGAGAUUACAGAAAGCAGCUCCUUUGUGAGGAAAGGGGCAGGAGGGGAAGCAGCAGAGCUGGGCACAGUGGAAGUAGUGGGAGUGGAGGAAGAGCUCUGCAGCGCUGAGGACAGCAAGGAGAGGAGGAGAGGGCUUGUAAGCAUGGACGGAGCUCUGGCAGAAGGUGCAGCGGUGGCUUCUGAGCGAAGGGAGAGGGUGGGCAGCUGGGAGCAGGGAGCACAGGUAAUGCCCAGGGAAUCUGUGGGUCUGGGAAAGGAGGAGUUGGGUUCUGCAGAGCCCAGAGAAACCCGUGAGGCCGAUGUCCCCGUGAAGCCUGCAAGAGACAAACCUGCAGGUAGAACUGUGGGAGAAACUGCCAGACCGGAGGCAGAAGGUCCAGGUGAUCAGGAAGGAACAGGGGAAAUUGAGCUAAAACCUGCCCAGAAACAGAAAAGCAGGAAAAGGAGAACAAAGCAGGUUGGUGCCUCGGGAGACAUCACUCAGCUGGAGAAACCUGUAGAAAAACAGUCCCGUCCCAUUCCAAUAUCCAAAGAAAUUCCAGGGAAAGAGGAAGAGGUGGACUUCGUCUCAAGAGCUCCAGAACCAAAGCCUGAGGCUGCCACCAAGGAGCUUCCUGCUGGGUGGGCAGAAGAUGCAUCUGAGCAAAAGCAGAUGGAGAGCAGCAGGGAUGGGAAAGCAAAGUCAAUCCCUGGGAAAGAGGGUCCCCAUUCGUCUGCAUCACUGAAGGUGGAAGGGAUACUGGACCAGGAGGAGGCAGAAUUGGAAACCACCAGUGAUGCAUUUGCUGCAGUCAGCUUAAAACCAGAUGAGUUAAUCAUCAGAGAGGAACCCGCAGAAGGUCAGGACACCUGUGCACCCCCCCUGCAGCAGCAAGCAGCAGCCAUCAGCAUCGUCCAAGCUGUGCCCGCUGCCCCUGUGCCCCAGGGGGAUGCGGCCCAUGAAGAAGCAGCCCAGGAGAAGCCCCGGCAGGGGGGUGCUGGCGAUCGGGGGCUGCUCCUGCCGGUCAUUGUGGAGGGGGAGAUGCUGGAGACCUCGAGUGACUCUGCCAGACCUGCCCAGAUCAGGUUCAGCAAGAAGAUGUGCCUGGAGCACGACGAGAAGCUCAUCUCCUAUCUCUCCAUGCUGCGAGACAUUGAGAUGAGAAUUAAACGUGUGCAGCCAGCAGAGCAGAACCUGGAUGUGCUGCAGACGCUGCUGCAGCAGGCAGAGGCUCUGGGUGCUGAGCUGCGGGAGCUCAGCUUUCCAGUGAACCAGGAGUUGGAUGCUGUGAAGCGGAUCGUGGCCAGCCCACCUGAAGAAGUCCCCGAGCAACUGCUGACGGCUCUGGAGAAGGAUGCCAAGAACCUCCAGAGGUCUCUGAGCUCCACGAGUGAUAUCCUGGAGUCCCGGCUGCAAAACCUCCGUGGUGCAGCAGAAUCCCAAAAGGCUGAAAUCACAGCACAGCAUGAGACCCUCCAGGGGAAGCUGCAGGAGCUGCUGUGCUGGGUGUCUGGCACGGCGCAGGCACUGGACAGCAGCGAUUACCAGCACACGGCAGAUGUGGGCAGUCUGAGUCGCUGCCUCCAGCGCUAUCAGGAGCUGAGUGAGCCCCUUGCUGACACCAAGUCUCAGCUGGACGCCACCGCCUUCGACAUUCAGUUCCUUAUCUCCGAGCACGCCCAGGACCUGAGCCCCCAGCAGAGCAGGCAGCUGCUGCGGCUGCUCAAUGAGCUGCAGAAAUCUUUCCGGGAGCUGGAGGGGCGCGUGACGGCGCAGGUGGAGGUGCUGCAGGUCUGUCUCCAGCAAGCGGAGCAGACGGAUCAGGUGAAGACGCUGCAGGAGCAGCAGGCAGCCCGCGCACAGAACCUGGCUGAGCUCAGCUCCUGGCUGGCAGCAGCUGAGGACACACUGGUGGAGCAGCAACGAGCAGCCAGCCAAGGAGACCUGCCUGCCUUACAGCAGAGGCAAAGCGAUGUGAAGGAGCUGCAGAGGAACAUGCACAGCCGAGCCGCCUCCUUUGCCAACGUCCUGAAAAGCACAGAGGAGUUUCUGGAGGAGAACAAGGCGAAGAUGGAGCCUGGAGAGCUGGCAGUACUGCAGGAGAAGCUUCAGCGUGCCAAGGAGCAGUACCAUUCCCUGCAGGAGAGGACAGAGAUGGCCCAGAAGGAGCUGGAAAGUGCUGUGACUGCUGCAGUGCAGCAGGAGACCAAGAAGGUGAAAGCUGCCAAAGAGCUGCAGGAGAACAGCAAUAAGAUUGACACGCUCCUGAGCUGGGUGGCAUCUCUGGAGCAGAAGGGAGAGCUCCCACAGUACAGACUGCACCCUGCUGAGCGAGCUGGGAAGGGCGCAGGGGACAUCCCUGAUGGACGCGUGGUGGGAGCAGGCAGCACUGCUGAGAGCCUGGAUGAGCAGUUUGAGGGGCUGAAGGCCCAGCACCAGGAGCUGCUGUCCCAGCAGCAGGACGUCAUCCUGGCGACGCAGGCAGCGCAGGCGUUCCUGGACAAGCACGGCCAAAGUCUGCCUGAGGAGGAGAGGGCCCGUCUGCAGGGCGGGCUGGCAGAGCUGAAGGAGCGCUAUGCAGCAUCCCUGGCACGUUCCGAGGUGCAGCUGAAGCAAGUGCAAGUGCUGAGGGAUGAGAUGCAGAAGUUCUUGCGGGACCACGGGGAGUUCGAGGCCUGGCUGCAGCAGGCGGAGCAGGACCUGGAGGGGAUGUGCAAAGGGGACAGUGACCCGGAGUCCAUCCGGCAGCUGCUGCUCCGGCAGGGCAGCUUCUCUGAGGAUGUCAUCUCCCACAAAGGCGACCUGCGCUUCAUCACCAUGUCGGGUCAGAAGGUGCUGGAUGCUGAGGGAGCUGCGGGGGAUGCAGGGUCAUCUGGGAGCGUGGUGAAGAGCAAGCUGGAGGACGCGAGCCAGCGGUAUGGCACGCUGCACUGCAAGUGUACCAAGCUCGGCUCCCACCUGAGCACCCUGCUGGACCAUUACCAGCAGUUCCAGGAGGUGGCAGAGUCUCUCCAGACGUGGCUGGAGGACAGCGAAGCUGCAGUUGGGAAGCUGCUGUCAGAGAGUGUUUCUUCAGAUCCCAAAGCUCUCCAGGAGCAGCUCGCCAGCACGGGGCAGCUGCAGGGAAACCUCGCUGAGCAUCAGGUGCCAGUGGAGAAGCUCCAGAAAGCAGCUCGGUCUCUGCUGGAGGUGCAAGGAGAGCCGGCCCCUGAUCACAGGCACAUUCAGGAAACAACAGACGCCAUCGUGAGCCGCUUCCAGAGCCUCUCCCAGCAGAUGGCCGAGCGCUCAGACCUGCUGCAGAAAUCCAUCGCACAGUCCCAGAGUGUCCAGGAGAGCCUGGAGAACCUCCUGCACUCAGUGGCUGAUAUUGAGAGGAGUCUGAGCACGGAGCAGCCGGGCGCGCUCUCCUCCGCCGCCAUCCAGGACUCUUUGGCCAGCAGCGCGAAGCUGAAGCAGGACAUUGCCCGGCAGAGGAGCUGCCUGGAAGCCACCCGUGAGAUGGUGACACGCUUUGCAGAGACGGCGGAUGGCAGCACAGCUGCUGCCCUGCAGGGCAAGCUGGAGGAGGCGGCCGAGCGCUUUGGAAGGCUGUGCCAGCAGCAGCAGGAGAAAGAGGAGGUGCUGAAGGGUCUCCUGCCCAAGGUGGAGCAGUAUGAGCAGCUCUCGGAGAAGCUGCAGCAGUUCACGGAGAGCAGAGCACGGAUGCUGGCAUCUGGGAACCAGCCGGAGCGGGACAUCGCUCGCUUCUCCCAGCACCUCCAGGAGCUGAACGUGGAGCUGGGGCAGCACCAGGAGGACCUGGCUGCUCUGGAGCAGCUGGCUGUGGAGCUGGGUGCCAACGGCUUUGUGCCCGGUGCUGCCACACAACAGGAGAAGCUGCAGAAUCUGAAGGAGGAGUUUCUGCAGCUACAGAAGGUGGCGAAGGAGAGAGAAAGGGAAGCCUCGUCCUGCCAGGAGCAGCUGGACGAGUUUCGGAGGUUGGUGGCAGCGCUGCGGAGGUGGCUGAAGGACAGUGAGGGCAAAGUGCCGCCCGUGGACACCUCGCUGGGCACCCAGGAGCUGCAGCGGCGCAGGCAGCGGGUCCAGGAGCUGCUGGAGGAGUGGUCAGGGAAGGGUCCACAAGUGGAGGAGCUCAGCCACAGGGGAACCCUCCUGGAGAACCUGAUUGUGGAGAUCACAGCCCCCGACAGUCAAACCAAGGCGGGUUCUGUGCUGCCCGCAGUGGGAGGGCCUCUGGGCAGCGUGAAUGGAUUCCACACUUGCAAAGAUCUGACCGAGAUCCAGUGCGACGUGUCGGACGUCAGCCGGCAGUAUGAGGGUCUCGGCACAGAGUUGCAGGAGCGCCUGCAGCAGCUCUCAGCCAUGCUGGAGAGGAUGCAAGAGGUGCAGGAGGAGGCGGGCGCUGUGCUGCAGUGGCUGGAGUCGAAGGAGCGGACGCUGUCGGAGCUGGAAGCCUCCUCCUCACCCACCAAGACCGAGACCAUGCGGGCUCAGGCCGAGCACAACAAGGCAUUCCUGGCUGAAUUGGAACAGAAUUCUGGAAAGAUCCAGAAGGUUAAAGAAGCACUUUCUGGCUUGCUGGAGAAAUAUCCAGAUUCUCCGGAAGCAGCAAACUGGAAGAAGAUGCAGGACGACCUGAACUGCAGGUGGGAACGAGCCAGCCAGGCGACAGCCGAGCGGCAGCAGAAGCUGGAGGAGUCGGCCAACCAGCUGGCCAGCUUCCAGGCUGCCGAGGCGCAGCUGCGACCGUGGCUGAUGGAGAAGGAGCUGAUGAUGAGUGUGCUGGGACCCCUCUCCAUCGAUCCCAACAUGCUGAACGCACAGAAGCAGCAGGUCCAGUUUAUGCUGAAGGAAUUUGAAGCUCGCAGACAACAGCACGAGCAGCUCAACCAGGCAGCCCAGAGCAUCCUCACCGGCCCCGGAGAUGUUUCCCCAUCCACCAACCAAGUGCGGGAGGAGCUCCAAGGGGUCAACCAGAAAUGGUCUGAGCUGACAGAACGCCUCAACUCCCGCUCCAGCCAGAUUGACCAAGCCAUAGUGAAGAGCACCCAGUACCAGGAGCUCCUCCAGGGCCUCUCUGAGAAGGUGAAGGCGGUUGGGCAGCGCCUGAGCAGCCAAUCUGCCGUCAGCACACAGCCCGAUGCGGUGAAGCAGCAGCUGGAGGAGACCAGUGAGAUCCGCUCAGACCUGGAGCAGCUGGAGGAGGAGAUUGCAGAGGCUCAGACUCUCUGUGACGACCUGUCUGUCCUGAUUGGGGAGCAGUAUCUCAAAGAUGAGCUACGGAAACGGCUUGAAACGGUGGCUCUUCCUCUCAAAGGGCUGGAGGACCUGGCAGCCGACCGGAUGAACCGACUGCAGACCGCGCUUGCGAGUUCCCAGCAGUUCCAGCAUAUGUUUGAUGAACUCAGGACCUGGCUCGAUGACAAACUGUGCCAGCAAGCUCGGAGCCAACCUAUUUCUGCUAAACUGGAGAGGCUCCAGAGCCAAAUUCAGGAGCAAGAGGAGUUCCAGAAGAGUCUCAACCAACACAGUGGCUCCUAUGAGAUGAUUGUGGCCGAGGGGGAAUCGUUGCUGCUUUCUGUCCAACCUGGGGAGGAGAAGACCACCCUGCAAAACCAACUGGUCAGCCUCAAAAUGCACUGGGAAGAGCUGAGCAAGCAGGCUGCCGACAGGCACUCCAGGCUGAAGGACUGCCUGCAGAAAGCCCACAAGUACCAGCGGCACACGGAGGACCUCUGGCCUUGGGUGGAGGACUGCAAGGCCAAGAUGUCGGAGCUGGAGGUAACGCUGGACCCGGUGCAGCUGGAGGCCACGCUGCUGCGCUCCAGGGCUCUGCUGGGUGACGUGGAGAAGCGGCGCUCGGUGCUGGAGAUGCUGAACAGCGCUGCUGAUGUCCUGAUCGAUGCCUCGCAGUGCGACGAGGACGACAUCCGGGACGAGAAGGCCUCCAUCAACCAGGAGAUGGACGCCAUCACCGAGGAGCUGCAGGCCAAGACAGGCUCUAUCGACGAGAUGUCGCAGAGGCUCAAGGAGUUUCAAGAGAGCUUCAAGAACAUUGAGAAGAAGCUGGAAGGGGCAAAGCACCAGCUGGAGAUCUUCGAGGCUCUGGGGCCACAAGCCUGCAGCAACAAGAACCUGGAGAAGCUGCGGGCGCAGCAGGAGGUGCUGCAGGCGCUGGAGCCACAGGUGGAUUACCUGAAACACUUCACACGAGGGCUGGUGGAAGAUGCUCCCGAUGGGUCUGACUGCUCCCAGCUCCUGGGCCAGGCAGACGUGGCUCAGGAGGAGUUCAGAGCAGUGAGGCAGAAAGUGAAUGACUGCUGCGUGCUGAUGGAAAACAAGCUGGAAGGGAUCGGGCAGUUCACGGGUCGGGUGAGGGAGAUGUUCUCCCAGCUGGCAGACCUCGACGAUGAACUGGACGGAAUGGGACCCACCGGGAGGGACACCGACAGCCUUCAGUCCCAAGCAGAGGACAUUCGAUCAUUCCUGAGCAAACUGCAGGGGCUGAAGGCCGACAUUGAGGCUUCUGAAAGUGAGUGCAAGAAGAUGCUUGAGGAUGAGGGGAGCCCUGAUUUAUUAGGGCUGAAACGUGAACUGGAGACGCUGAGUAAGCAGUGCAGCAAGUUGACUGAGAGGGGCAGGAGCCGACAGGAGCAGGUGGAGACCACGCUGGCACGUGUUGAGGAUUUCUACAGCAGAUUGAAGGAGCUGACCCACAUGACAACGGCAGCAGAGGAGAGUGAGGCUCUGCAGUGGGUGGUGGGCACGGAGGUUGAGACCAUCAACCAGCAGCUGGCCGACUUCAAGCUGUUCCAGAAAGAGCAAGUGGAUCCUCUCCAGCUGAAACUGCAGCAAGUGAAUGGAGUUGGCCAAGGGCUCAUCCAAAGCGCCGGGAAGAACUGUGAUGUCCAAGGGCUGGAACAUGACAUGGAAGAGAUCAACACCCGCUGGAACACCCUCAACAAGAAGGUGGCCCAGAGGAUCGCCCAGCUGCAGGAGGCCCUGCUGCGCUGCGGGAAGUUCCAGGACGCCCUGGAGCCAUUGCUGAGUUGGCUGACUGACACCGAGGAGCUCAUCUCCAACCAGAAACCUCCCUCUGCUGAGUACAAGGUGGUGAAAGCGCAGAUCCAGGAGCAGAAGCUGCUCCAGCGACUCCUGGAUGAUCGCAAAGCCACCGUGGAGAUGAUCCAGGCGGAGGGUGGGCGCAUCGCGCAGUCAGCUGAGCCCGCAGACAGGGAGAAGAUCACGGGGCAGCUGCAGAGCCUGGAGAGCCGCUGGGCAGCGCUGCUGUGCCGGGCAGCGGGCAGGCAGAAGCAGCUGGAGGACAUCCUAGUGCUGGCCAAGCAGUUCCACGAGACCACAGAGCCCGUGUCAGACUGGCUGUCAGUGACAGAGAAGAAGUUGGCCAACUCGGAGCCCAUUGGGACACAGACUGCCAAGAUCCAGCAGCAGAUCAGCCGGCACAAGGCUCUAGAGGAGGACAUAGAGGGCCAUGCGGCCGACGUGGCCCACGUGGUGCAUGUGGGGCAGGGGCUGUCCACCCUGAGCUGCGCCGCCGAGCAGCGGCUGCUGGCAGAGAAGCUGGACUCUCUGCAGGGCCGGUACCGGGAGGUCCGCGAGCGGUGCUGCCGGAAGGCGGCUCUGCUGGAGCAGGCCCUGUGUAACGCCCGGCUCUUUGGGGAGGAGGAGGUGGAAGUGCUCAACUGGCUGGCUGAGGUCGAGGACAAGCUCGGCUCGGUAUCCGUUAAGGAUUACAAACGGGACGUCCUGCAGAAGCAGCAUGCUGACCAGCUGGCUCUGAAUGAGGAAAUUGUGAACAGGAAGAAGAAUGUGGACCAAGCCAUCAGAAAUGGGCAGGCUCUGCUGAAGCAAACCACAGGGGAGGAGGUGUUGCUCAUCCAGGAGAAGCUGGAUGGGAUUAAGACCCGCUACUCGGACAUCACCGCCGCCAGCUCCAAGGCGCUGCGCACACUGGAGCAGGCUCGGCAGCUGGCCACCAAGUUCCAGUCCACACACGAGGAGCUCAAUGCCUGGAUGAGCAAAGUGGAGGAUGAGCUGGCGUCCAGCGGGGGACAGUCCCCAGCCAGCGAGCAGAUACCCCAGUUCCAGCAGAGGCAGAAGGAGCUGAAGAAGGAGGUGAUGGAGCAGCGGCUGGUUCUGGACACGGUGAACGAGGUGAGCCGGGCGCUGCUGGAGCUCGUGCCGUGGCGAGCCCGAGAGGGGCUGGACAAGCUGGUCAGUGACACCAACGAGCGCUACAAGCUGGUCAGUGACACCGUCAGGCAGCGGGUGGAGGAGAUCGAUGCUGCCAUUCAGAGGUCCCAGCAGUAUGAGCAGGCGGCUGAUGCAGAGCUGGCCUGGGUGGCUGAGACCAAGCGGAAGCUGAUGGCGCUCGGAGCCAUCCGGCUGGAGCAGGACCAGACCACGGCCCAGCUGCAGGUGCAGAAGGCUUUUUCCAUCGACAUUAUUCGGCACAAAGACUCCAUGGAUGAGCUGUUCAGCCAACGCAAUGAGAUCUUUGGCACGUGUGGGGAAGAGCAGAAAGCUGUUCUCCAGGAGAAAACCGAGUCCCUGGUGCAGCAGUACGAGGCCGUGAGCCAGCUCAACUCGGAGCGCUAUGCUCGCCUGGAGCGCGCUCAGGUCCUGGUCAACCAGUUCUGGGAGACCUACGAGGAGCUGAGCCCCUGGAUCGAGGAGACCCAGGCCCUGAUCUCCCAGCUGCCCCCUCCAGCCAUCGACCACGAGCAGCUCAAGCAGCAGCAGGAGGACAUGAGGCAACUGAGAGAGUCUAUUGCUGAACAUAAGCCUCAUAUCGACAAGCUGCUGAAAAUCGGGCCCCAGCUCAAGGAUCUCAACCCUGAGGAAGGGGAGAUGGUGCAGAAAAAGUACUCGACAGCAGAGGCCAUGUAUGCCAAAAUCAAGGAGGAGGUGUGUCAGCGGGCUCUCGCACUCGAUGAAGCCGUCUCACAGUCCACUCAGAUUACGGAGUUCCACGACAAGAUUGAGCCAAUGCUGGAGACGCUGGAGGCCCUCUCGUCCCGCCUGCGCAUGCCACCCCUCAUUCCUGCCGAGGUCGAUAAGAUCCGGGAGUGCAUCAGUGAGAACAAAAAUGCCACGGUGGAGCUGGAGAAGCUGCAGCCUUCCUUUGAGGCGCUGAAGCGGCGCGGGGAGGAGCUGGUGGGCAGGUCGCAGGGCGCGGAUAAGGACCUGGCAGCAAAAGUAAUCCAGGAUAAGUUGGAUCAGAUGGUUUUCUUCUGGGAAGACAUCAAAGCUCGGGCUGAGGAACGUGAGAUGAAGUUCCUCGAUGUCCUGGAGCUUGCAGAGAAGUUCUGGUAUGACAUGGCAGCCCUCCUGACCACCAUCAAGGACACGCAGGACAUCGUUCAUGACCUGGAGAGCCCAGGGAUUGACCCAUCCAUCAUCAAGCAGCAGGUGGAAGCAGCAGAGACUAUUAAGGAGGAAACGGAUGGUUUGCAUGAAGAGCUGGAGUUCAUCCGACUCCUUGGAACUGAUUUAAUUUUUGCCUGUGGUGAAACUGAGAAACCAGAAGUGAAAAAGAGCAUUGAUGAGAUGAACAAUGCAUGGGAAAAUCUAAACAAAACUUGGAAGGAGAGGCUGGAGAAGCUCGAAGAGGCCAUGCAGGCGGCUGUGCAGUACCAGGAUACUCUUCAAGCCAUGUUUGACUGGCUGGAUAACGCCGUGAUUAAGCUGUGCAACAUGUCUCCUGUGGGCACCGACCUCAACACGGUUAAGGAGCAAAUGAAUGAGAUGAAGGAGUUUAAAAUGGAGGUUUACCAGCAGCAGAUUGAAAUGGAAAAGCUUAAUCACCAAGGUGAACUGAUGCUAAAAAAAGCUACAGAUGAGACAGACAGAGACAUCAUAAAGGAGCCACUGACAGAGCUGAAACAUCUCUGGGAGAAUUUGGGCGAGAAGAUUGCUCACAGACAGCACAAGCUCGAAGCCGCCCUCCUGGCCCUCGGUCAGUUCCAGCACGCGCUGGCAGAGCUGAUGGCCUGGCUGACCCACACCGAGGAGCUGCUUGAUGCUCAGAAGCCCAUCAAUGGAGACCCUAAAGUCAUCGAGGUUGAACUUGCGAAGCACCACGUGCUGAAGAACGACGUCCUGGCCCACCAAGCGACCGUGGAGACGGUGAACAGAGCAGGCAAUGAGCUCCUGGAGUCGAGCGCAGGGGACGAUGCCAGCAGCCUUCGGAACCGCCUGGAGGGGCUGAACGCGUGCUGGGAGGCAGUGCUGCAGAAGACAGAGGAGAGGGAGCAGCAGCUGCAAUCCACCCUGCAGCAGGCCCAGGGUUUCCAUGGUGAGAUUGAAGACUUCCUCCUGUGGCUAACGAGAAUGGAGAGCCAAUUGUCUGCAUCGAAACCCACGGGAGGGCUGCCAGAAACUGCCCGGGAACAGCUCAAUGCCCACAUGGAGCUGUAUGGCCAACUGAAAGCACAGGAGGACGUGUACAGCCAGCUGCUGGCCAAGGGGCGGCUGAUGCUGCUGAAUCGCGACGACUCGGGCUCAGGCUCCAAGACGGAGCAGAGCGUCGCGCUGCUGGAGCAGAAGUGGUGUCUGGUCAGCACCAAGAUGGAGGAGAGAAAGGCAAAGCUGGAGGAGGCUCUCGCCCUGGCCACGGACUUCCAGAACUCCCUCCAGGACUUCAUCAACUGGCUGACGCUGGCUGAGCAAAGCCUGAACAUCGUGCCCCCUCCCAGCCUCAUCCUCAACGCUGUGAUGGCCCAGAUUGAUGAGCACAAGGUGUUUGCCAAUGAAGUGAACGCUCAUCGCGAUCGCAUCAUCGAGCUGGACCAAACUGGGAACCAGCUGAAGUUCCUCAGUCAAAAGCAGGACGUGGUGCUGAUCAAGAACCUGCUGGUGAGCGUCCAGUCCCGCUGGGAGAAGGUGGUGCAGCGCUCGGUGGAGCGGGGCCGGGCGCUGGAUGAUGCCAGGAAGCGAGCCAAGCAGUUCCACGAAGCUUGGAAGAAACUGAUUGAUUGGCUGGAGGAUGCAGAGAAUCACCUGGACUCCGAGUUGGAGAUUUCCAAUGAUCCUGACAAAAUCAAGCUCCAGCUCUCCAAACACAAGGAGUUCCAGAAGACGCUGGGUGGGAAGCAGCCUGUCUACGACACCACUAUCAGGACGGGCAGAGCCCUCAAGGAAAAAGCUUUGCUUCCAGAUGACACUCAAAAGUUGGACAACUUACUGGGAGAAGUCCGGGAUAAGUGGGACACAGUGUGUGGCAAAUCUGUGGAAAGGCAGCACAAGCUGGAAGAAGCCCUGCUGUUCUCUGGGCAGUUCAUGGAUGCGCUGCAGGCCUUGGUGGACUGGCUGUACAAGGUGGAGCCUCAGCUGGCUGAAGAUCAGCCCGUCCAUGGAGACCUGGACCUGGUCAUGAACCUGAUGGAUGCUCACAAGGUCUUCCAGAAGGAGCUGGGGAAGCGCACGGGGACGGUGCAGGUGCUGAAACGCUCCGGCCGGGAGCUGAUAGAGAGCAGCCGGGAUGACACCACCUGGGUGAAGGUACAGCUGCAGGAGCUGAGCAACCGCUGGGACACGGUGUGCAAACUGUCUGUGUCCAAACAGAGCCGCCUGGAGCAGGCCUUGAAGCAGGCGGAGGAGUUCCGGACAGCCGUGCACAUGCUGCUGGAGUGGCUCUCAGAGGCUGAGCAGUCCCUGCGCUUUCGGGGAGCGCUUCCUGAUGAUGCUGAAGCGCUGCAGUCCCUCAUUGAUGUGCACAAGGAAUUCAUGAAGAAAGUGGAAGAGAAAAGGGUGGAUGUGAACGCAGCGGUGGGAAUGGGAGAGGUCAUUCUGUCUGCCUGCCACCCUGACUGCAUCACCACCAUCAAGCACUGGAUCACCAUCAUCCGCGCCAGGUUUGAGGAGGUCCUGACGUGGGCCAGGCAGCACCAGCAGAGGUUGGAGGCUGCACUCUCAGAGCUGGUGGCGAAUGCAGAGCUUCUGGAGGAGCUCCUGGCCUGGAUCCAGUGGGCUGAGACCACCCUGAUCCAGAGGGAUCAGGAGCCAAUGCCACAGAACAUCGAUCAGGUCAAAGCUCUCAUCACUGAGCACCAGUCCUUCAUGGAGGAGAUGACACGGAAACAGCCAGACGUGGAUCGGGUCACCAAGACAUACAAGAGGAAAGCGACUGAGCCGCCCCACGGAGCCCUCAUUGACAAGUCCCGCAGCAACAGAAAAUCCUUGACCCAGGCCGGCCCCCCCACCAUGCCCAUCAUCUCCCAGUCGGAAACCAAGAACCCCCGCAUCAAUCAGCUCUCAGCCCGCUGGCAGCAGGUCUGGCUGCUGGCCCUAGAGCGACAGCGGAAGCUCAAUGAUGCCCUGGACCGACUGGAGGAGCAGCUAUGCCCAGAACUGAAGGAGUUUGCAAACUUCGACUUCGAUGUCUGGCGGAAGAAAUACAUGCGCUGGAUGAACCACAAGAAGUCCCGUGUGAUGGACUUCUUCCGGCGCAUCGACAAGGACCAGGAUGGAAAAAUAACAAGGCAGGAGUUUAUUGAUGGCAUCCUGGCCUCCAAAUUCCCCACCACGAAGCUGGAGAUGACGGCUGUGGCCGAUAUCUUUGAUCGUGACGGUGACGGUUACAUCGACUACUACGAGUUUGUGGCUGCCCUCCAUCCCAACAAGGACGCGUACCGCCCCACCACCGACGCCGACAAGAUCGAGGAUGAGGUCACCAGGCAAGUGGCCCAGUGCAAGUGUGCCAAGAGGUUCCAAGUGGAGCAGAUUGGAGAGAACAAAUACCGGUUCUUCCUCGGCAACCAGUUCGGCGAUUCCCAGCAGCUGCGGCUGGUCCGGAUCCUGCGGAGCACCGUCAUGGUCCGUGUCGGCGGAGGCUGGAUGGCCCUGGAUGAGUUCCUAGUGAAGAACGACCCCUGCAGAGCACGAGGUCGGACCAACCUCGAGCUCCGGGAGAAGUUCAUCCUGCCGGAAGGCGCCUCACAGGGGAUGACGCCGUUCCGCUCGCGGGGACGAAGGUCCAAACCAUCCUCCCGGGCGGCCUCACCAACGCGCUCCAGCUCCAGCGCCAGCCAGAGCAACCACAGCUGCGCCUCCAUGCCGUCGUCUCCUGCAACCCCAGCCAGCGGAGCCAAGACUCCUCAUCACUUCUCUCGAUGUUAUGACAAACCCUGGUUGAUAAACAGUAAAGCGGGCACCCCGCUGCGGGGAUCUGAUUACCCCGACCUCCAGCUCCCCAGCUCUGAGGUGACGCCGGCAGCGGGCAGCAAACUGAAGCGUCCCACCUUCCACUCCAGCCGCACGUCGCUGGUCGGGGACACCAGCAACAGCUCCUCGCCCGUCUCCUCGGGUGCCAAAAGCGGCCGAGCAGACCCCAAGAAAGCCGCCAGCCGCCCCACCAGCCGCGCCGGCAGCCGCACGGGCAGCCGAGCCAGCAGCCGCCGGGGCAGCGACGCCUCCGACUUCGACCUGCUGGAGACGCAGUCUGCCUGCUCCGACACCUCGGAGAGCAGCGUGGCCGGCUCCCGCCGCGGAGCAAAGCCUUCCAAGAUCCCCACCAUGUCCAAGAAGACGAGCACUGCCACCCCCAAAACUCCGGGCCCCAAGAGAUAAUGCUGCACCCGCGCCCUCCGGCCACGCACACCUCACCUGCGCCCGAUUUUUAACCCCGCUGCGUGCAUUGGAUGUAUAUUUAUUCUAAAUGGGAGAAGCUAUAUUGUUAAAAGUGUACAAGAAAGUCGUGUUAUGGAGCUGCCUUACUUGGGUGUUUGAUUUUUUUUCUGUUGGUUUUUUUUUUUUUGUUUCUUUUUUUGGGUUUUUUUUUUUUCCUUUUUUGUAAGUUGGGGUUUUCCUGUGAAUAUUUAUGUAGAUAUAAACAAAAACCACAAGAACAGAACUCGCCCCUCGGUGCCGCCUGGCCGGAGAGGGGCCCAAAAUGGAGACGGGGGAGAGAAAAAGGCAACAAAAAAGGUCAAGAUGUGAAAAGCGUAAAGAAAAAGGACGGCCUGAAUGGGAUCUGAGCGCGGCGCAGGGUGCAGACCUGCGAUAUCUUUUAGGAUUGUUUCCUAAAGGCAUCUUUAUAAACUUCACUUGCUGUCUCAGCAAGGUAAAUUAUAUUUAAAAGCAAAGAGCUGAAUCCUGCAGUGUUCAAGGAACUCUUUUUGUAAAUCAAUACCUCAGGCGGGACACACGAAGUGUGGGGACUUCUGGGCUCCUGUUCCCAUGCGGGAUCUUUUGUAAGCAAUGCGAUUUUACCCGAAGAUGCGGAGUUUGGGGCCGGGAUUUGGCGCAGCGCUCAGCUCCGCUCCUGUCCUGAGCCACGUCUGAGCGCCGCUGCGCUGUGAGGAUCGCGCUGCAGGGGGGGCGCGGGGGCGGCUCCAGGUUGGGACCCCUCAGUGCAUCCCAGUGGUGCUGGGUUCUGCAGGUUGGAGGAUUCUGCUGUGAUGACCUCAGAGGCCGACCCAGCGCCUUUACCCGCACCUCCUUUCCUAUUUAUUACUUCUCUGGCCAUCCCACUUCCAACCAGGCGACCUCUGCUCCUAGGAGAAAUCUGGACUUACACGCACAGUUGCUUGUCCUUGAAUUGAGUCUCACCAGCACAACCCGCUGCACGUCCUUCGUAACGACGCCGAACUGAGCGGCCGGGGGCUGCAGGGAGCGGGCUCUGCAGAGCCCCUGUAUUUAUUAAUGGUGUUCCUCUCCGGCUCUGACCGUGUUGCUGUGUGAUUCUCUCAAUUGGUUUAAAUUGAGGCAAAAAAAAAACAAAACCACAAAACACAACAAAAAACCAGAAGCUCUACCAAUGAAUUGUUUAAAAAAAAAAAAAAAAAGCAGACACAUUUUUGUAUUACAAUUGCUUGCGGUAAUAAACAAUCUUGCCUCCUA